AUGCCCACUGUGAGGCGUGUUCCCCAAGGACGUCCCGGUUAUCAUAAUUCCAUUGAAAGUGCGCUGCCUGUCACAAAGGCUGAGAUCCAUCCCAUUUAAAGGCACCAGAGACCGAUUGGGAUCAAGUGGACGUGGGUCGAACCGAUCAGGACGCGAUUGACCCGAACCCGGUCCGUCGCCAACUUUGAAUGUUUUUCGAACCCUAGCCCGAUCUGGCCCCAUGUAGAAUCAAAAUCAGAAAUCUUGUUUUUUGCAUAUUACUUCAUUCAUUCUGUCGCGCGAUACAGAAUAAGCGCAAUACAUGAACAAAAUAUGAAACGAACAGUAUAUAUACACAAACUUAGGACGAGACGAGACGGUUUUAAAACGAUCACGAAAAAGCUGAGAACGUAAGUGAUACUUACGGCAAAAACUACUUUGCCUUUGGCGG